UAACUUAGAGCAAAAGGUUAUAUAAACUCCACUUUAGAAAGUGAAUGGAUUUGACAGAAGAUAAAAAUAGUCCUGAUUUUAUUUAUUUUUAUUAUUUUUGCCAGUACUGGGGAUUGAACUCGGCCUUGUGCUUGCUAGGUAAGCACUCUACUACUUGAGCCACACUCAGUUCUUUUGCUUUUAGUUUGUUUUUCAGAUAAGGUCUCAAGCUUUUGCCAGGGUUAGCCUUGGAUCACAGUCUUCCUGAGUAGUGAGGAUUACAGGUCAACACCAAAUUUGAAAUAUUUAAAGUGGAUACAAAACUGUUUCUGAAAUGCAGACAAUUAAGUGCGUCGUUGUGGGCGAUGGUGCUGUUGGUAAAACAUGUCUCCUGAUAUCCUACACAACAAACAAAUUUCCAUCUGAAUAUGUACCAACUGUUUUUGACAACUAUGCAGUCACAGUUAUGAUUGGUGGAGAGCCAUAUACUCUUGGACUUUUUGAUACUGCAGGGCAAGAGGAUUAUGACAGAUUACGACCACUGAGUUAUCCACAAACAGAUGUAUUUCUAGUCUGUUUUUCAGUGGUCUCUCCGUCUUCAUUUGAAAAUGUGAAAGAAAAGUGGGUGCCUGAGAUAACUCACCACUGUCCAAAGACUCCUUUCUUGCUUGUUGGAACCCAAAUUGAUCUCAGAGAUGACCCCUCUACAAUUGAGAAGCUUGCCAAGAACAAACAGAAGCCUAUCACUCCAGAGACUGCUGAAAAGCUGGCACGUGAUCUGAAGGCUGUCAAGUAUGUGGAAUGUUCUGCGCUCACACAGAAAGGCCUAAAGAAUGUGUUUGAUGAAGCAAUAUUGGCUGCCCUGGAACCUCCAGAACCGAAGAAGAGCCGCAGGUGUGUGCUGCUAUGAACAUCUCUUCAGAGCCCUUUCUGCACAGCUGGUGUCGGCAUCAUACUAAAAGCAAUGUUUAAAUCAAACUAAAGAUUAAAAAAAUUAAAAUUCGUUUCUGCAAUAAUGACAAAUGCCCUGCAUCUACCCACAUGCACUUGUGUGAGACAAGGUCCAUAGGUAUGCCCCCCCUUUGCCCUCCCAGUGCUAGUUAAUUUUGAUAAUUGUGUAUUGUCAGAAAAAUGAUCAGUACUAGUUUUUUGUUUUGUUUCAAAAUAUUUUUUUUUCUUUUUUUUUGUUUAAAAGCGAAGCAUGCUUGUGAUGACUCCGUAACAGACUAAUUUGAAUUGUUGAAGCUGCUCCCUGGUUCCAUUUUAGACAGUAAUCUGGGACAUUUUAGGUUUUUUCUGUUUUGAUUUUUGUUUUUUCUUUUCUUUUUCUUCCCUUUCUUGGCGGGGGGGAGUGUGUGUGGGGUUUGUUUUUUAGUCUUGUUUUUUUAAUUCAUUAACCAGUGGACACCCCUUAGGGGGAAGGAGGAUGGAUUAGUUCCACAUUCCACUUCAUAGAUCUAAUUUAGAAACUGUUCCCCACCUGGUGCUCUUAGGAAGGAGUAUAGUAAAUGCCUCAUUUAAUAACGUACUCCUUUUUGAAAGUUGCCUUUCCUCUCCACCCUUGAGUCGACCUAGUAUUUGAUGAUACUCAUAAAAGUGGGUGGAAGCUGUCUUGCCCCUCUUUUCUAGGACACACUUUAUGUGACUGUGACUUUCAAGGAAAUUUGUUUGCCAUUUUGCUGAUUUUUUUUUUUAAGUAGUCUCUAACUUCACUGAUAAAUGAAAAAAAGUAUUGUAUCUUUUGAAGUACACCAAAUGGAUUGCAUUCAUACAGACUUAAAAUUUUUUUCCUUUGUUAGUCAUUGUCUUAUAUGCUUAGCAUAGAUUUGCAACUCAGUAGUGUGAUGUUCCUAGAACCCAGACGAAGACCUGGCACAUAGAGAAACUGAGGGGUGGUGCUAGAAGACAGAUGACUACAGGAUGAGUGGCAUCCUUUCUGAUGAUGAGGAUGUGGGCCUGCUUCAUUGAGAAGCUGGGGGGUUGGGGGAGGGCAACAUCAACAUGGGGACCAGGUAGGGGAAUCCCUUUUUAUCUGUCUUGCAUUUGAGGAACCCUUGAGCAACCUGCUGAAACUCUAGUUUAAUAAAAAUCAUUGCAAGAGUCUUACUAAGAUUCUUUAUAAGUGUUAGUAGGGAUUUUAUCAGACUGUUUUGGUUUCAGUUUCCAGUUUCUAAAAAUGUUUAGGUAAUCUUCCACCUUCCCCAGAUCCUACUUCUUGUAGAUUCAUUAGUGUUGAACAGUGCUUUCUUAUGUCUCAAUUCUUUGUAUAUGCAUUCUUUUCAGAUGUAUUAAACAAACAAAACCCUUCACAAGCCAGCCUGAGGGUUGUUAUUUUCCCUCCGCCUUUUACUUUUCAGGUAUUUAGAAGUGGGAACUUGACUCUUACAUAACAUCAAUUUCUAACAAAUUUUGGGAUAAGACUUUGAAGCUUCAUUAUUCUUGUUUUUUAUUAUUAUUUUUUUUUUUACUUGACGGUAAGUUUGAGUGUUUUCCCUCCGUAUCUUCAGGUUUGUGCCUUCUGCCCUAAGUGACAGGCAGCCCUUAUGUUCUGAGUAGGCCAUGAUAGUUCUCAGUGUAAAAUAUUCAUGGAGCUCACUGCUCAGGUUUUGGGAGGAAAUACCAGCACACCUCUAAUCCAUAGAUUAGUUGGAAAGCAGCCACUUUCCUCCAAGUUAUCUGAGUUAGUUCUCAAAUUUGACUGUUUACUAGAGUGUAGCUUGAGCGAUUGACUUUAAAAAAGUUUUCUAGAUAUUUCUAAAAUGCUCCCAAAUUUGAGAACCGCUGCUGUUAGGUUGUUGUUCCAAAUUUAGAUUUCAGAAUCUGAACCUGUGCUAUGAAUUUGAAUCAUUUUCUUUAGGUGGCAUGCAUUAUUUACCUUAAGAACAUUAUAGGAAUCUAUAUGAGACUCUUAGAACCUCACUCCAGUUAAAGUUGAUAUAGUGUAGCCUCAGUUUGGUAGUUCUCUACAGAAUGAUGCUUGGCAUGAUUCCAUACUGUUCUACAACUUUGCCAGGUUGUUUGGGACAGGUUAGGAAGAGCUUCCCAGUUUCAACCAGUGUUACUCUUUGUUGGCCACGUUAGGGACAGAUACUUGGAUCAUGCUGUGAUAUCCUGGAGGGCAGAGAUGUGUGUAUUCUGACUUUUAGUACAGUGGCAUGUGGGUCCUUGAUCAUUGCCGUAUCCCUGUCUUAGAAUUGAGCCAAGAUUUGGCUCAAAAGUCAUUGGAUGGGCACGUGACUUAAGAAUGAGCAAGUCAAAUGAAGCAGGUCAUGUGGUUAUGUUGGUGAAUUAUGCAUGCAUCAGAAGACCAAGGGUGACAAGGUAAUUGAUUGAAGCUAAUGUUUUCUACUUAAAUAUUUUUAAUUUGACUUUUGCAUAUCAGAAGAACAUGGGUAGAUGUUCUUCUGAUACGCAAAUAGAUGAAGGUAACAUGGUUUUCUAUUUAAAUAUUCUCUUUGACUCAACAAACUUAUUUAUAGUCUCGGUUUGGAAGGUGACUGAUAAUGCCCAGGGAGUGUGGUUUAGAGGUUGGAAAGGAUUAUUGCAGUCUUUUGCAGACUUUGCAUACAUUAAGAUUUAUACUAUUUAGUCUGAUACAACAUUGGUACGUUACUAGUGUUGUAAAAUGUUAUUGUUUUACUGACAAUUUUGGAAGUAGGCUCUCUAGUUUGUUAAAGCUGCAUUCUUAGAGGACUUUGCUAUUUGAAGAGUAUGUUUCCAGGGGGAAGGAAAGAAUUGUGGUGUGAGAGGAGCAGUUGGUAAUAUUUUCUUUUUUUUAAGGUGUGUUUUUCUCGCAUUUUCAUACUCUAAUUAGAAUGCCUCAAGUUAUGUACAUUUAAACUUAUAUUUUUUUUCUUUUCUGAAAAUCUGUCAUUAAAUUGAUGGUGUCUUACAGUUAUUUUCUCCUCCAAUUUCCUUUUUUUUCUCCUUCAGUUUUGAGGUUUUUACUUACUGUUUGGGUUCUGGGUACUGAUAAACUCAGUAUACAGUGACUUUGCUCAAGAAGGAUUGAAAUUUAGUUCUUGCUGGGUACAUCUGUCCCACAUUAGAAAUUUGUCAUGUAACAGUCUGGGGGGAGCAAUAGAAUCUCACCUGGAAGUAGCAACUCAUUACCUUUUAGGAAGGACUGACUAGGGUACCUCAGAUUGAUUAUGAGGAAAGUGACUUUCAGUCAUACCCCUAUUUGAACUUUCCUUGUUUCCUAUAAGUCUUGCAAUCACCCAACUUCAGAGCAUGGUGACUUGACUACAUAGGAUAACUGAAGACCUCACUAACCAUGUCGUUUUCCUUCCAGAGCUCUUUGAACACUCUCCAGUACUGCUUUGGGUCUUCUAAAGUACCUCUAUUUUUUAAAUUUGUUUUUAAAGUUUCAGUUUAUUAGCUAUUGGCACAAUAAUGCUGCAUUGUAAACCAUGCAGAUAGUGUCUGACUACAUUAAGCAUUUAUUUUCUCACUCUUGGGUCAGUUGGACCUGCCUCUGGAUUUAGAUUGGACUUAGCUGGACUCUUUGUUUCUUAUUCUGGAGCCUAGCUCCAGAGAGCAGUGGCUACCUGAGAGUGGACUUUUCAUUGCGGAGCACAUUCAGAAUUUCUCGUAGUCUGUUGCCUGGAGGAUUUGGUAAAUAAAUAAUUUGGUAAAUUAUUUAUUUUUAAAGCAUGUAUGGCAUUGAAAACAUAGCAGAGAAUAAAGUGGUGUCUCCUGACUUGUAGCUGGAAGUUUCUUUCCCUUAUGAUUUCGAUAGCUACCUCUUCUUAACCACGUGGUCUGUUUCCACUUUGAACUGUUCCUAGCAGAGCCAAAGGCUUGUCCACGUGUGCAUAUCCAUGACAUAUUCAUUUGUCAUUGUUUAUUGAGCACAUGUUCCACACUGGGCACUGUAGACAAUAGAGAAUGACAGUUUCAAGCAGUGCAGAUGUAAGCAGGAAGAGAUAAAAGACUUCCAUCUAAAUAUCCCAUAGGGGUGCUAUGUUCAUUGUAUUCUGUGUGCUGCAGUGAAGAUGGUCAUCUGGAGCCCCCAGUGGGUACCUAGGUCACCACCAGGCAAACAUGGAACCUUUGUGCCAAUUAGAAAAGCAUUU